GCCUGUGCCGGUUGUGUUCCAGCACAGGAUAAAUCGUAGUGACGCUUGGGGUGUUGCGUGAGUUUAACGUCAGCUGCGAAAUGGGAGGUGCAAGCUCUUCACUAUUUAAAAAAAUAAUAAUAAUAAUGAAACCUGGUAGGUAAUCGGAUUAGGAGUUGAGUUUGGUUCAAAUGGGAGAUUCUGACCACAGGCUUUGCACUCGAGCACCAGUGGCCUUCCACAGCUGACUUCCUCGCCCACUGAGAGUAAGGGAACCUCUGGAGAAGCAGCCAAAAUGCCUGUGGAUCUGAACGGAUACUGGAAAAUGAUCUCCAAUGACAAUUUUGAGGAGUACCUCAAGGCUCUCGAUGUUAAUGUUGCCAUCAGAAAAAUUGCCACUUUGCUGAAACCCGACAAGGACAUCGUCCACGACGGAGAUCACAUUAUCAUCAAAACCCUCAGUACCUUCAAAAACUACAACAUGGAUUUCUAUGUGGGCAAAGAGUUUGAGGAGGAUCUGUCCGGAGUGGAUGACAGGAAGUGUAUGACCACCAUCACCUGGGAAGGAGAUAAGCUGGUGUGUGUGCAGAAAGGAGAAAUUGAAGGAAGAGGCUGGACCCACUGGGUGGACGGAGACGAGCUUCAUCUGGAGCUUCGAGCUGGAGGAGUCGUCUCCAAGCAGGUCUUCAAGAAGUCGUAAAGUGUCUCCUAUAUCCGACGAGACGGUACCCCCUCAGCUGACAUAGCAUCCAGCAUCCUAUUUAGUCUUUUCAAGCACUCAUCCACGUUCCCACGCCCCUAUAUAAUUUUCUGCCAUGAUAUUCCGUCACUAAUCAAACGUUGACUGGAUCUUCCAGCUCAAAAAAGCAAGGUAGCAUGCAUAUCGUGUAACGUUCCCAACUGGUUCAGGACGGCUACUACUUCGAUCAAUUUAUCGAUAUGCAUUAGACGUAUGCAUGCGGGUAAGUGUAGCUUAUCAGAGGGGCAGACCGCACUGAUGGAUCUGGAUGCAAAGACGUUGAGUAGAGUUGAGGGGUGCGGGUGUCUCUAGUAAGGAUGGCUUCCCCUGCAGUUACAGUGUGUGUAAAUAAAUUAUAUCCCUCCCAAUCCCUUGUUUUGGGACCCUGUCACUGAUAGUAAAAUUAAUCAAUCAAAAAAAAAUAAAACAAUGUCCAACUCUCUCUUGUCAUCUGCCCUUUCUUGAGUUUCUCAAAGCAAUUCAGUAAAGUCCCCGUAAAGGGAAAAUAAAUACAUGUCUUCACUUGUCUUAUAUAGACAGGUGUGUGGCUUUCCUAAUCAAGUAAAAUCAGUAUAAUCAAAUACAGCUGGACUCCAAUGAAGGUGUAGAGCCAUCUUAAGGAUGAUCAGAAGAAAUGGACCUGAGUUAAAUAUGAGUGUCACAGCAAAUGAUCUGAAUACGUAUGGCUGUGUGAUAUUUCAGUUUUUCUUUUUUAAUAAAUCUGCAAAGAUUUCAACAA